AUGGGAAGACAUUUGCUGCUGUCUGGUCUGCUCCUGUCUCUUCCUCUGACCGUGGGCUGGACCAUUUCCAACUGCUUAGUGACAGAAGGCUCCAGGCUGCAUCUGGUCUCCCAUUUCUUCCUAUGUGGCUUCAACACCAGCCUGCUGCAGCUCCUUACAGAAUGCACCGGGGUGACCAACUUGACACGCGCCUUAGAUGUUGUGCCACAGAGUGUGGAGGGGCUCUGUCUCACUGGUUCCAUUUCGGUUCUGCCCACCGAUGCCUUCUCCCACUUCCCUGGCCUCAAGGCCUUGGGGCUGAAACUGUGUCUCACCCAUAUCCUUCCAGGAGUCUUCAGGGGCUUAGGACAGCUGCAGCAACUGUCUUUCACACAAGGCCCUUCAGAUGACCUCUUCCUACCCCCUGAUGCCUUUGGCAGCCUGACCUCCCUCCAGUACCUAGCUUUCUGGGGCAUUUGCCUGGAUGGGAACUCAGGUGUCCGGUUGCCUCCCAGUCUACGGCUGCUCAGAAUCAAUUGGAGUUGCCUUCAGAAUGUGGGGAAGCUGGCUGACAUCUUCCCAGACCUGGUGCUUGGUCCCUCCUCUGGCAAUGCUUGGACUCUGGACCUGCUGGACUUGUCAUUAAACAGGCAGCUGAAGAUGGUCAGUCCUGGAGCCCUCCAGGGCCUCCAACUGGGGACUCUGAAACUGCACCACACAAAGAUGAAGGCAGCUGCACUGAUGGGACUGGGCCUGCAGGGGCUGGAUGCCCUGUCUGUGAUGCACACUGACAUGGCCGAGCUGCCCGCUGGGACAGUUGCCCACUUUGAGCUGCAAGAGCUGAAUUUGGGAUGGACACGGAUAAGGCACAUAGCUCUGGAGGCCCUGGCUUCCUGCCGAAGCCUAAAGAACUUGCGUCUUUCGAAUAGUGGCCUGACGGACCUGCCACCAGGUUUCCUGGCUGCCCUGCCCCGGCUUCAGAGACUGAACCUGGCUGCCAACCAACUGAGCAGUGCCAUGCUGUGCAUGAAUGGGACAGGGGCUGUGCCAGGACUGCGUUUCCUGGAUCUGUCCAGAAAUGGGCUGCAGAGCCUGCCCCCAGCCACCUUCUCCUGUUUGCCCCACCUGCGGGAGCUGCUACUUAAUGGAAACCAGCUGGUUUGGCUGGAGGGCCAGGUAUUCCAGGGCUUAAGGAGGCUGGAGAUGUUGAACUUGGGUAACAAUCCACUGGUGGCCCUGGGCGAGGGCUGGUGGGUUCCUCUGCCUGCACUGACCACCCUAAACCUGCUGAAUACCCGCAUUGUGCUGAGCUCAGCCUGGGACUUCUGGGGCCCAGAGAGUCUGCAGGACCUGAGGCUGCAGUUCCCCACUGGCCCUUCUGGGGUAGCUCUGUCCCUGCCCAUGAGGCUGACUAGCUUGGAGCUUCAAGCAGUGCCAGGCAGGAAGCUUUGGAAGCUGGCUUCUCCUCUCUUUCCAGUCUUGCAGACCCUGACUCUAAAUGGCUGGGGGCUGCAGCUAGAGACCCAGAAUGUCACCAAGAUCUUCCCUGCCCUUCACCAACUCUCCUUGCUUGGUAAUAGCUUGGAGGCCCUCUGCUCCCAGGACACCUCCAGCUUCUUCCUCUGGCAGCUCCCCAGGCUCCAGUAUCUGAGGGUGGAGGGGGAUGGGCGCAGCCCCAGGCCAUGCUGCAUCACUGGGCUGCCCAACCUACAGGAGCUGAAGCUGCAGAAACUGCAGUCCCGAGCGCGGCCCCGCCCAGUGAGGCUCGAGGAGCUGGUGGGUGAGCUGCCCAGGCUCCAGGUGCUGCAUCUGGUCCAAACAGGGUUGGAGACACUAUCUGCUGUUGCUUUCCAGGGCCUGGGAAGUCUCCAGAUCUUAAUGCUAGACAGGGAAGCAGGCCUUGUGCUGGAUGGCAGUCUCCAGGACCACAGUCCUCAGAUGCCACAGUACAUGUACGUUCUGAGUUCGUCCUUGGCCUGCCAGUGUGCCAAUGCCUGGGUGGGGCCCUGGCUCGAGCAGUCCCCCAGAACAUACGUGCAUAUAGAACAACACCAGCUGUGCCAGCCGGAAGCUGGGGGCCACCGCAGGAAUCCCCUCUUCCCCUUUCUCUGGAGUCACUGCCCCAACACUUUGGGGUUGGAACUCUUUUUGGGCAGCUCUGCCCUGCUGUUUCUGCUGAUCUCUUUGCCCCUCCUACAAGAAGCCAGGAACUCCUGGAUCCUCUAUCUCCAGGCCUUGUUCAGGGCUUGGCUUCAAGAUCUGAGGGGUCGGAAGGGUGAGGGCAAGAGGUUCCUCUAUGACGUCUUUGUGUCCCACUGUAGGCAAGACCAGGCCUGGGUGUUGCAGGAGCUGCUGCCUACUUUGGAGGGCAGCCAGGGGCUGCGCCUCUGCCUCCCUGAGCGGGAUUUUGAGCCAGGCAAGGAUGUGGCUGAUAAUGUGGCAGACAGCAUGGCCAGCAGCCGGGUCAUGCUCUGUGUGCUGAGUCGCAGGGCUCUGCGUACCCCACGCUGCCGCCUGGAGCUCCACCUGGCCACCUCCCUCCUGCUGGCCGCUCCCUGCCCCCCAAAGCUACUGCUGGUCUUCCUGGAGCCUGUCUCCCGCCACCAGCUGCCCCGCUACCAUAGACUGGCCUGGCUGCUCCGCAGAGGAGACUAUUGUGUGUGGCCAAAGGAAGAUGAAAGAAAGGACGACUUCUGGGCUCAGUUGGGGAGAAGGCUGGGGCAAGCUGGGUUGGGCUAG